CUCCACCCAUUUCACGGGCGGCCUGGUCAUGGGCGCUCGCCUUUCCCCUCCUGGCCUGACCUGCAGGGAGGUGGGCUGGCAGCGGAGGGAGGGCCCUGUCCCCUGUCCCUUUAAGGAGGAGGGCCGAGCGCGUCCGAGACAGCCGGCAUAGCCCCCACCCGCCCGUGCCCUCACCCCAGAGCAGCAGCCGCCCUCGGUUAGCAGUGUCCGCUCCGGCCCAGGCAGCAAGUUGCCACCAUGGUGAAGAUCGUGACGGUUAAGACACAGGCAUCGGUCGCUUGGUUAUUGGACAGAAUGGAAUCCUCUCCACCCCAGCUGUAUCCUGCAUCAUUAGAAAAAUCAAAGCCAUUGGUGGGAUUAUUCUGACAGCCAGCCAUAAUCCAGGAGGCCCCAAUGGAGAUUUUGGAAUCAAAUUUAAUAUUUCUAAUGGAGGUCCUGCUCCAGAAGCUAUAACUGAUAAAAUUUUUCAAAUCAGCAAGACAAUCGAAGAAUAUGCAAUUUGCCCUGACCUGAAAGUAGACCUUGGUGUUCUGGGAAAGCAGCAGUUUGACCUGGAAAACAAGUUCAAACCCUUCACAGUGGAAAUAGUCGAUUCGGUGGAAGCUUACGCUACGAUGCUGAGAAACAUCUUUGAUUUCAAUGCACUGAAAGAACUACUUUCUGGUCCAAACCGAUUGAAGAUCCGUAUAGAUGCCAUGCAUGGAGUUGUGGGCCCAUAUGUAAAGAAGAUCCUCUGUGAAGAACUCGGUGCCCCUGCAAACUCAGCAGUCAACUGUGUUCCCCUGGAGGACUUCGGAGGCCACCACCCUGACCCCAACCUCACUUACGCAGCUGACCUGGUGGAGACCAUGAAAUCUGGAGAGCAUGAUUUCGGAGCUGCCUUUGAUGGCGAUGGGGAUCGAAACAUGAUUCUGGGCAAGCAUGGGUUCUUCGUAAACCCUUCAGACUCUGUGGCUGUCAUUGCUGCCAACAUCUUCAGCAUUCCGUAUUUCCAGCAAACCGGGGUCCGCGGCUUUGCACGCAGCAUGCCUACAAGUGGUGCCUUGGACCGGGUGGCUAAUGCUACAAAGAUCGCUUUGUAUGAGACCCCAACUGGCUGGAAGUUUUUUGGGAAUUUGAUGGAUGCAAGCAAACUGUCCCUUUGUGGGGAGGAGAGCUUCGGGACUGGUUCUGACCACAUCCGAGAAAAAGACGGUUUGUGGGCUGUCCUCGCCUGGCUCUCCAUUCUAGCCACCCGCAAACAGAGCGUGGAGGACAUCCUCAAAGAUCACUGGCAAAAGUAUGGUCGAAAUUUCUUCACCAGGUAUGAUUAUGAGGAGGUGGAGGCUGAGGGUGCGAACAAAAUGAUGAAGGACCUGGAGGCCAUGAUGUUUGAUCGCUCCUUUGUGGGGAAACAGUUCUCCGUGAGUGACAAAGUUUACACCGUGGAGAAGGCCGAUAACUUCGAAUACAGUGACCCAGUGGACGGAAGCAUUUCAAGAAAUCAGGGCUUACGGCUCAUUUUUGCAGAUGGUUCUCGUAUCAUCUUCCGACUGAGUGGCACCGGGAGUGCAGGAGCCACCAUUAGACUCUACAUCGAUAGCUACGAGAAGGACAUCAGCAAGAUCAACCAGGACCCCCAGGUCAUGUUGGCCCCUCUUAUUUCCAUCGCUCUGAAGGUGUCCCAGCUCCAGGAAAGGACAGGACGCACCGCACCCACUGUUAUCACCUAAGAAGACAGGCAGAUCGCUGUACGUCCCUCCACCCCAGGACCGCCCAGUUCAGCUCAUUGAAGAGCAUGGACAGAAGCUAUUUGCCCAGGCUUUUAGGAUUUGUUUUUUUUCCCUAACGAGUUGCUGAUGAACGGUAUAUUUGCAAGGCACUGCCAAUUGAGAUGUUCUUGGGAGCCUGUGCAGGAAGGAGGGAGGGAGGACCCAGGGCGGAUGCUAAUGUCAGUUCCUUCUUGUGCCCUUCUGGGCUGCUGCGGUGUGGGUGUUCGUCUCCACAUCAGGUCCUGUUUACAGUACGUGGUAAGUGGAGGUUACGCACGAGCAACGGAGGCCAUUUUUCAUCGUUAAAAUGUGCCAAUGAAAUGACAGUGCGAGUUCCUUUAUCCCUGGUGAAUUUCCUCCCCAUUUACUGUUUACAUGUAAUCAAACAAAAUGCAAUUUCUGGUGCCUUCUUCCCAGUCAGUUCUUUCCUCAGAGUGAGGCGUACUUGUCUACAGAUUUUCUGCCUUGUUUUGCAACAUAGUCCCACGCACACAGCUAUUUUGGGAAAUUAAAGCAAAAUAACCUACUA